AAGGAGGAGGCGCUGGGUCACUCAUUCAGACCUGAAGCCAUACUGUGGUCUUUUUUGUUCUGAAAUUCGAGAGGUAGGGAUUGAUGAAUGUGUUUUUAAUAAAAUAUUCAUAAGCGGAAGGCAGGUGGAGAGAUUCAACUGCCAGACUUUUCAUUUAUCAUUACAUAUAAAUAGAUGAUCCAACAAUCCUCUACUGAGUGGUUCUACACCCACGUUGUCUGACGUGUCCCUGCACCUACGUCAGAGGAACAUGUCACCGCCUGUCAUGCUCCAAACGUGUUCAACCGAAUUCAAUAUUAUUAUUGUAAAGGCUCUUUGAACUAUCAAUAUUUUGACUGAUUUGGUUUUUGUUUACAUUUAUUACAUUAUUUAUCAUUAUUUCAACUAUUUAGCAAUAUUGAUAACUAUUUUAACUAAUAUAUCUGUUGAUUAUAAUAUCAACUUUAAACAUUUACAUAUAAAUGUAUUACUUUUAGCUAACUAUUUUAAUUUGACUUAUAUCAAUUAAGUUGUUUAUUCAUUAUCUUUAGUUAUUUGAAUUUUGUAUUAUUAACUUGUAGCUAAGUGUUACUACUUAAAGCUAAUUGUAAUCAGCUAACUAGUCCUGUUGUUUACAAAUAAAGUUAAAAGUCUUUGCUAUUUCGAAAGUUAUUGGCUAUUAGGCUACUUAGCUAACUGUUUGGACUAUUUAUUCAUUCCUGCUUAGUAUUUGAACUAUUUAGUAAUUACUUUUAGCUUACCUAUAUAUCGAUACGUUAAACUAACUAUUUUAAGUGUUAAUUCAAGAAUUCAGCUUCUCUGCAGUAUUUGACCACCAGGCAGCUGCAGAAGGAAUCUGAGACUUUAGAGAAGCUUUUGCUUUGUGUUGCCUAUUUUCCCAGAAGGAGGUUUGGUCGUCAACCUGCACUACUGAAAAGAAAAAAACUAAAAUAUAUAUAGUGUAUUUGUUAUGAGUGAUGUUACUUUCGUUCCAGUCAAGGUGCGCCUGUGAUUUCAAUCUUGCGAGCUGAAAAAAUAAUAAUAAUACAGGUUGCUGGGUCUUUUCCUGAGGGAUUUGCCUGGAGUUCCUUGAAAAACAAGAGGUAGGAAUUCUUAAGUAAGGACUCUCUGCAUUGGCAUUCAAACCACUGCAGUGCUGGUAGCUGUGCACACGGGCGGUGGUUCGAUGGUGAGGGAGACUGGAGGCACGCCAGAGAGCUGCAGAGAGAAAUGAAAGAGCAGGUAUGCAGGAUGAUUCAUUAUGUAGAUGAACCAACCAGCUGAAAUGAAAACACUCUGCCGCACUGUACUCUGCUCUCUGAGCGUUUCCAACUUCCUCAUGGGCAGGCUGAGCAGGAGACGCCAUGCAGCAGGUGUUGGAUAACGUGGGGGAGCUGCCCACCUCCGCGGGGGCCAAGGACAUCGACCUGCUCUUCCUGCGCGGCAUCAUGGAAAGUCCCAAUGCCCACGAGCAGCUGGAGGAGGUGAAGCUGGAGGCGGUGCAGGACAACAAUAUGGAGCUGGUGACCGAUAUCAUCGGAGACAUCAACAACCUCAAGGUUAAAGAUGACAGCGCGGCCGAGCUGUCCAAGAUCCUGAAGGAGCCACACUUCCAGUCUCUUUUGGAGGCCCAUGACAUGGUGGCCACAAAGUGCUUUGAAGUCCUGCCCCCGGCGGAGAUAACCAAUGACGCAGCGGUGAACAGCGCUCUGAUGCAGGCCGACGCUGUGCGCAUGAUUGGCAUCCGAAAGAAGGCCGGAGAGCCACUGGGUGUGACGUUUCGAGUGGAGAAGGAGGACCUGGUCAUUGCCAGGAUCCUGCACGGUGGCAUGAUCGACCGGCAGGGCCUGCUCCACGUGGGCGACAUCAUCAAGGAGGUGAACGGGAAGGACGUGGGCAACAACCCCACCGAGCUGCAGGAGAUGCUCAAAGACUGCAGCGGGGGCAUCACGCUGAAAAUCCUCCCGAGCUACCGGGACGCUCCCGCUCCUCCGCAGGUGUACGUGAGGCCGUACUUUGACUACAACCCGGCCAGCGACAACCUCAUCCCAUGUCGGGAGGCGGGGAUGACCUUCGAGAGGGGCGACAUCCUUCAGAUCGUCAACAGGGAGGAUCCCAACUGGUGGCAGGCGUGUCAUGUGGUGGCUGGAGCUACAGGACUGAUUCCCAGUCAGUUCCUGGAGGAGAAGAGGAAAGCUUUUGUCCCUCGAGACUAUGAAGGAUCAGGCAUCCUCUGUGGCACUAUAGCUGGAAAGAAGAAGAAGAAGAUGAUGUACCUGACGGCCAAGAACGCAGAGUUUGACAGACACGAGCUGCAGAUCUAUGAGGAAGUGGCCAAAGUGCCGGCGUUCCAGAGGAAGACGCUGGUUCUGAUUGGUGCGCAGGGCGUGGGUCGACGCAGCCUCAAAAACCGGCUGAUGGUGCUCCAGCCGACCUGCUUCGGCACAACCAUACCAUACACCUCGCGGCGACCCCGUGACGACGAGCUGAACGGCAACUCGUACCACUACACCAGCAGGACGGAGAUGGAGGUGGACGUGAAGGGCGGCCGCUUCCUGGAGCACGGCGAGUACGAUGGCAACCUGUACGGCACCAAGAUCGAUUCCAUCCUCGAGGUGGUGGACACGGGACGCACCUGCAUCCUGGACGUCAACCCACAGGCUCUGAAGGUUCUCAAAACUGCGGAGUUCAUGCCCUACGUGGUUUUCAUUGCGGCGCCAGAUUUCGAUACACUCAAGGGCAUGCACAAAGCUGUGGUGGACGCAGGCAUCACAACCAAGCAGCUCACGGAUGUGGACCUGAGGAAGACGGUGGACGAGAGCGCCCGCAUCCAGAGGGCGUACAGCCACUACUUCGACCUGACCAUCGUGAACGACAACCUGGACAAGGCCUUUGAGACGUUACAGGCCGCGGUGGACAAACUGUGCAGUGAACCCCAGUGGGUGCCCGUGAACUGGGUGUACUGAUGACCAGCCGCAGCCUGAGCGGGUCCCACUGACCCAUCAGCACGCGUGUGAGAGUGUGAGUGAGAGAGAGAGAGAGUGUGUGUGUGUGUGUGUGUGUGUGUGUGUGAGUGUGCGUAUGCGUAUGUUAGUGUUUAUGACCACAAAGGCCAAAGACGAGGAGACGAGUGCAGAGAUACUUCUGCAAAAUAACAUGAAUAAUUAUUAAAAAAAGAAGAAAAAAACCUCCUACUGCUCUUUCUCCUCUUAGGCCUGCACGGCUCGCAACUUUUUUUCUACUCCAAACUCAAAGGGAAAGAGUGCUUAUUUAUUUUAUAACUUUUUAUGAAAGAUCUUUCUAUUCAAUGUGGAAUUCCAGUGAGAAUAAAACAAAAGAAAAUCUGGUCUCGUAAUCUGGGCCAUAUUUUUGCAUUAAUUUAUUGAUGUGGUAGUGACACGUCUUAUUUUGUAGUCUUAUUGGUUUCAACGUGUUUUUAGUUUGUUUUUUUGUCGUCUUCCCUCACGGACCCCCAGGAUUUACAAUAACCACCCACGCUCACCGAUGAAGAUGAGGAGAGACGAGUUAGAAGAGUAUGAGCAGUCGUCGUCCAAGAAACCGUUCGGUGUCAAACGCCGUCGCCAUGUUUGAGCGACGUGUGGCUUUGUGUUUUUUUUUUUAUUUGUAUUAUUUCACCUCCCUACAACUGAAUCCUUUGGUGUUAACCUAGCGUGUCCUAAAGUCGUCUCAUGGUUUUGUCCACAGGAGAAACUGGGCGGAGGGAAAUAAGAGCACAACUCUGUGAAGUUCAAGAAAAAACGACUUUAUAAAAUGAAGAAUUGUCUGUAAUUCUGUGUAGUUUUGUUUUUCUUGUAGUUUUUGUGAGGUGAUUUUUAUAGUUUAGUGUUUUCUUCGCACACGAUCAUUUGCUUUGAUUUGAAAUGAUCCUGUCUUCAGUGUGUGUGUCUGGAGUGUGAUCACCACUGUUACUGACUGCGUUAACCACUUUGUUCAUGUUUUAUAUAUGUGGCUGAAAUCCUCUUCCUGCCUGUGGUGUCUAUCGGAUUGGUAGUUUAACUACGGGCUGUAAUAUGAAAUAAUGUGACGCUGGAUGGUGAGUGCAGCUUGCAAGGCCAAAGGGUAAAUUUCUAGUACUACUUACUGUAUGUCUCAUAAUGCUUUGUAAAUCUUAGUCAAAACCAGAGAGAAUUAAAGAAAUUUACCAUCUCACUAAAGGAAAUGAGCUUUUGAUGAAUAUUCUUUGUGAUUUAUGUAACAUUUUAACAUCCUGAGAUCAAUUUGUGCCACGUUUCAGAAAAACAGUCCAACUGCCUGUUGAAGUGUUCGCAUCAACCUCAUGUCCACAGAUUUGAUUUUACAUUUUUAUCAGCAAGUUUAUGAUGAAUAAAGUUUAUUAAACCUCA